UAUUUAGCUUAAUAAUAUUAAUACAGACAAUAUUAUUAAUCUACUUUGAGCAAUUACUUUAACAAACAGAUAUGCGCCACAGUCGAUAGAUAACAGUCGAUAGGCCACAAAUUUUUGUAGUGACAGUGCACAAAAUGUGUUAAUGUUUUAGAUCUGAAACGAUCCGAUUUGCUAAUGCUACAAUAACACAAACAACAACAGCAACGUAGUUGCUGCACGUUCGGCAGAGAGGAGUUUACUUCCAUUCAAAAUUAACCGUAUAUUGAGCGUUUAGGUCAUGUCACAUAUAGAAAAUGUGUUUAAUCUGGUGCGGGCCCGCCUCCAGGCAGAGAAGGUGAAACUGUGGGAGGAGCCGUACUACACGGAAGGCAUCGGCAGCAUUGAACUUGUCAUGGAGGACCUGGCCGAGCGCUAUGCCCAGUUCCUGGGUAUUGACGUCUCCAACUGCAUGAGCGCCCUCAGCGAGCUGCAGGACCAUGCACUGCGCAAGUUGGCCGCCCGUCGUGAGUUUAGCGAGACGGGGAUGGCAACGUUCAAGGUGCGACGCAUUGACAAUCGCAGCGGCACCACCACCAUGCUGGAGAUCAAGUGCGACCUGAACUCGCUUGGCUCCGAGCUGCAGGCGGCCAUUGCCGCCAAGCUACAACUGGGCAAUCCGCAGCACGUCAAGUGCAUCGCCUCCGGGAAGAUCGUAGCGCCAAAUGUUACGCUGGGAGCGCAGAAUCUGAAGAACAACCAGGCUGUGAUUGUGAUCAUUGGCCAGGGCGACAACCAGAAUGGGGACCUCUACGAGAGGCUGAACAAGAUCAAGGCCGAUGUGGAGGCGGUGGUCUCGUCGCAGAACCGCCUGAUGGAGAUGGAGGAUCAGGAUGGGAAUCCAGUGUUCCUGCCGCCCGAGGAGAACCGCGCAUUGCUGUUGGCCCUCGGCUUCUGUGAGAAGGCCAAGGCGGCCAUGCGGCGGGAAGACUACGAGGAGUCGCUGCUCCUGCUGCUCGAGGGUGACGAGAAGUUCGGCGCCUGCCAAUCGAGCUUCCUCGAGUCGGUGGACAACUUUGCGCUGCUCAAUCUGGACAUUGUCUGGUGCUACAUGUGCCUGAAGAACGUCUCCCAGCUGCCCGACGCCGAGGCGCGCCUGGGCAUCUGUGAGCGCAGCUUCCGACGCAGCUACGGCGAAAGCUUUGAGCGUCUGUACGCCCUCAAGGGGCGCGACUGUCCCGAGCGGGCCCUCUUCAUGCGCCUCAGGCUGCUGCAGGGCAUCGUCCUCUUCCAUCAGAAUCGGCGCGACGAGGCCUUCGAGAAGUUUGAGGCUGCCUCCACGCUGCUCAAGGAGCUGAAGGUAGACGAGGACAAGCUGCUGCUGCUGAUGGAGAUGGGCUUCGAUGUCGGCGAGGCCAGGCUCGCUCUGCGCUCCUGCUCCUCCGGCAGCGGCGGCAACAUUGACCAGGCCGUGCAGUUCAUUCAGGAGCGCAAGAAGAAGCUAAACGAUGCUCGCAAGGAGUCCACGUUGGAGCGCAAGGUGCAUCGGCGUGGCGGGGCCAACAGGGAGGCUGCCACGGAUGCAGACUGGGUCAAUCCGCGCAGCGUUUGCACCCUAGUCGAGAUGGGCUUCGACACACAGCUGGUCUCCCUGGCCCUGCAGCGCACCAAGAACAACGUAACGAAAGCGCUGGAUAUGCUGGAGAAGAACUCGGCUGAGCUGCUGGCCGCCGUGCCCAACACAAGUGCCGCCCCUGCGGAUGCGACCCAGAUGGCAGCCCUACAGCAGCUGGGCUUCGACGACGCCACAAUUCGCGCCGCCCUGGAGUGCACCGGUAACGACGUUGAGAGGAGCAUAGAGUUCCUGCUGCAGGCCCUCCAGAGCGAGGAGAAGCUAAAGGAGACCCUCGAGCUGGCCACGAAGCUGGCGAACGAUGGCGGCGACAGACCCUCCACCUCAUCGCAGGCCCAGAACUCGUCGAUCAUUGACUUUGUGAUGGCCAAGGCGCGCGAUGAGCUGGAGUCGCUCAAGGCCUACGAACGCUUCAAUUCGGAUAUCAAUCAGACCGAUCAGGACCAUCUCGAUCUGCCGCUGAUACGUGAGGAGCAGCUCCUGUGCGAGUAUCGCCGCCUGCUCGAGCAAUGAGCUCCAACCAAAAACCAAACAAAAUCAAUUGCAAACGUAAACCACACGUAAGCGCCUGAAACGAAAC